AUGGAGAAUCACAAAGAGAGCGACGCAAUAGUACUAAAACACGGAUGGUGUGAAAUGUUGAAAGGAGGAGUAAUAAUGGACGUAAAGAAUGUAGAACAAGCAAAAAUAGCGGAAGAGGCAGGCGCAAUAGGUGUAAUGGUUUUAGAAAAUAUCCCAUCUGAAUUACGAAGCAAAGAAAGUGUAGCUAGAAGUGUAGAUCCUAUAAAGAUAGAAGAAAUUAAAAAAUGUGUUUCUAUAAAUGUAUUAGCAAAAGUUAGAAUAGGUCACUUUGUAGAAGCACAAAUUUUAGAAGAACUAAAAAUCGAUAUGAUUGAUGAGAGCGAGGUUUUAACAAUGGCAGAUGAAUUUAAUCAUAUAGAUAAACACAAAUUUAAAACUCCAUUUGUAUGUGGUUGCACAAAUUUAGGUGAAGCAUUGAGAAGAAUAUCAGAAGGUGCUUCAAUGAUUAGAACAAAAGGGGAAGCAGGUACAGGUAAUAUUAUUGAAGCAAUUAAACAUAUUAGAACACUAAAUAGUGAAAUUAAAUAUGUUUGUGGCUUAGACGAUAACGAAAUUUACAAUUAUGCAAAGAAAAUAAGGGCGCCAAUUGAUCUUUUAUUACUUACAAGAAAAUUAAAAAAAUUACCAGUGGUUAAUUUUGCUGCAGGAGGUGUAGCAACACCAGCAGAUGCUGCCAUGUGCAUGCAGUUAGGUAUGGACGGUGUUUUUGUGGGUUCUGGAAUCUUUGAAAGUGAGAAUCCCAGGAAAAUGGCUGCAUCUAUUGUUACGGCCGUUAGCAAUUUCAAUAACCCAAAGAUACUUUUAAAUGUUAGUUUUAACUUAGGAAGAGCCAUGUGUGGAAGUACCAAGAUAUCAGACAAAUGGAAGAAUAAAAAUGAAGAACAGAUCUAG